AUGCCUUCGCUCUCUACUUCGCUCUUCGCCGCCGGCCUGGCAACCUUGGCCCAGGCAUUUACCGCCCCUGGUGCACAAACCUGGGGCCCUCUGCUCACCCCAGAUGUGUCAUCUCCAGUCACUCAAGGCGAACAAUUCACUGUGACCUGGGAUCCUGAGAAGCACCCAACCGACGGCGUCACUGUCAGUCUCGUUCUCUGCCACGGACCCAGCACCAACUGCGUACUCCAAGACACGGCCAUUGCGGAGGGACUUCCGGCGGCACAGAAGUCCUUUGAUUGGGACGUUCCUUGCGACUUGGAGGCCGGCACUCAGAACACUCCGACCGGAUAUGGCAUGCUGGUCAUCGUAGACGGCACGGGAGAAUUCCAAUAUUCGACUCAAUUCUCCGUCCUCGAGGGCAAGAGCUGCUCUGGCUCCGGGUCCAGCUCCAGUUCCAGCUCCGGCCCGAGCUCUUCCUCUUCCAAGAACUCCGUCUCCGCAACCACCGUCACCGGCACCUCCAUCAUCCUAGGACCCCCGGCAUACCAGACCGGCACCAACACGUGGGGCGCAUCGGGCAACUCGUCGUGGGCCACCACCGCGACCCCGACCGGCAGCAACGGCUGGAACGGCGGCGCGACAUCCACCCCCGUCUCCUCGGGCUGGGGCAGCUACAGCACCCUCCCCGGCACCACCAUCAUCUCUACGGAGAGCACCCUGACCAGCGCGCCCAGCGGUGGCUCGACCGUCGCAGCCGAGAGCACCGGAACCGCCUCGGGCCCCGCCGCCAGCGCAUCCGCCUUUGACGGCGGCGCCGGACGAGUCGGCUACAGCGCCGCAGGCCUGGUCAUUGCAGGCGCCGUCGCUGUUCUCGCUCUGUAA